UGGUGCAAGCAGGGUUUAUUCCUAAUCUCGUGUUCAGUGCCCGCUCCCUCUUGCUUUCUCCCUAUGAAGGCAAUUAGAUUCAACACAAUUUACCGUGCCUCUCCGAUUCCUCACUUACCUUGCUGUGUAGUGCUAAAACCUACCAUCAUUAACAACUGAUGAACUGCAUCCGUUUUCCAAACACAGGACUUGAGUUUGGCUUCUUUUAUCUGGACUGCGCUACAUUGGGAUUUUCUGUACAGAAGCCUACAUGGAGUUUUAAUAUUUCCGUACGUGUGGUGGUGGUUUACUAGAUCAAAGUCGGGACUAAAGGAACGAUUCAUUGAGUGUACAUACAGAAAACGGAUAUCCAAUCAAGUAGGACCAGCUCUGUGUCAGAGGUUGGUGGGAACAACAAAGAUCAACCACAAUUCCCACUUAUUCUCUUAGGAUGGGGGGCACUGAGAAAGCUGCUCUAAUUGGCUGGGGCCCUGUCUGUCAUCUGUACGUGGCGGCUUGAGGAGGAGGAGGGGUUCAUCUGGGCUGCAGGGUCGGGGGAGAGGAUCAUAACCGCAACAUCCUGCGUGGCCGACCGCAGCAGGAGCAUGUCUAGGCCAGGAGCUGCCUCAUGGAUGUCUUCCGCCUUGGCCUACGGGAUGGCCAGGGUCAAGCCUCUGCUCUUCUGGGUUGGUCUUGCGUCUGUGUGGCUGGCCGUGGCUCAGGCCCAGCAACACCCUGUUGUCAUCACGAAUUACGGGAAGCUGCGGGGUUUAAAGCAAUCUCUACCCAAUGACAUCCUUGGGCCCGUGGAGCAGUACCUGGGAAUCCCCUAUGCCUUAGCUCCCACAGGGGAGAGACGCUUCCAGCCUCCCGAGCCGCCCACGUCCUGGCCCGGAAUCAGGAAUGCUACCCAAUUUGCUCCUGUCUGUCCUCAGUUCCUGGAGGACCGGUCUUUACUCAAUGAUAUGCUGCCUGUGUGGUUCACCGCCAACUUGGAUACAGUGGUAAACUACGUGCAGGACCAAAACGAAGACUGCCUUUACCUAAACAUCUAUGUCCCCACUGAGGAUGGAGCCAACUCAAACCGUCAACGUGCAGAUUUCCACAAUAAUGACGGUGGAGAAGAAGAAGACAUCCAUGACGAGAAUGGACUGAAACCAGUCAUGGUCUACAUCCACGGCGGGUCCUACAUGGAGGGGACAGGGAACAUGAUAGACGGCAGCAUCCUGGCCAGCUACGGCAAUGUCAUUGUCAUCACCAUCAACUACAGACUCGGGGUGCUAGGGUUUUUAAGCACAGGAGACCAAGCAGCAAAGGGCAACUACGGACUGCUGGAUCAAAUUCAAGCCCUGAGGUGGAUCAAAGAGAACAUCCAGGCCUUCAAAGGGGAUCCCAAGAGAGUGACCAUAUUUGGUUCUGGAGCUGGAGCUUCCUGUGUGAGCUUGCUGACUCUCUCCCACUACUCAGAAGAUCUGUUCCAGAAAGCCAUCAUCCAGAGUGGCACAGCUUUGUCCAGCUGGGCUGUCAACUACCAGCCUGCCAAAUACACACGUGCGCUGGCAGAGAGGGUGGGCUGCAACAUGCUGGACACAAUCGACCUGGUGGAAUGCCUGCAGAACAAGAACUACAAAGAGCUCAUCGAGCAAUACAUCAGCCCAGCUAAAUACCACAUCGCCUUCGGGCCUGUCAUCGACGGCGACGUCAUUCCCGACGACCCCCAGAUCCUGAUGGAGCAGGGUGAGUUCCUUAACUAUGACAUCAUGCUGGGUGUCAACCAGGGCGAGGGCUUCAAGUUUGUGGAUGGCAUCGUGGACAGCGAGGAUGGCGUGUCUGCCAACGACUUUGACUUUGCCGUGUCCGACUUUGUGGACCAUCUGUACGGCUACCCGGAGGGCAAGGACACACUACGGGAGACCAUCAAGUUCAUGUACACGGACUGGGCCGACAAGGAGAAUCCUGAGACCCGGAGGAAGACCCUGGUGGCUCUCUUCACUGACCAUCAGUGGGUGGCGCCGGCAGUGGCCACAGCUGACCUUCACGCCCAGUAUGGCUCGCCCACCUACUUCUACGCCUUCUACCACCACUGCCAGAGCGACAUGAAGCCCAGCUGGGCUGACUCGGCCCACGGAGAUGAGGUGCCCUAUGUGUUCGGGGUCCCCAUGAUUGGCCCCACUGACCUCUUCAACUGCAACUUCUCCAAGAACGAUGUGAUGCUGAGUGCAGUGGUUAUGACUUACUGGACCAAUUUUGCCAAGACAGGUGAUCCCAAUCAGCCGGUGCCUCAGGACACUAAGUUCAUCCAUACGAAGCCCAACCGUUUUGAGGAGGUGGCCUGGUCCAAGUAUAACCCAAAGGAUCAGCUGUAUCUGCACAUCGGCCUCAAACCCCGGGUCAGGGACCACUACCGCGCGACCAAAGUGGCCUUCUGGCUGGAGCUGGUGCCUCACCUACACAACAUUAACGAGUUAUUCCAAUAUGUUUCCACUACGACCAAGAUCCCCCCGCAGGACACCACUCCUUUCCCCUACACAAAGCGUUUCCCUGGGAAGACGUGGCCAUCAACCACACGCCACCCCGGGGUGCCGCCCGCUAACACCAAACAGACCACUGACCAGCGUAAGGGCGGCGACCUGACGGACGAGUCGGCGGUGGUCAUAGAAACCAAACGGGACUACUCAACGGAGCUGAGCGUCACCAUCGCUGUGGGCGCCUCCCUCCUCUUCCUCAACAUCCUGGCCUUCGCGGCCCUCUACUACAAGAAGGACAAGCGGAGGCACGAGUCCAACCGGCGAGGACCCAGCCCGCAGCGCAACUCCACCCCGGCCAUCGCGGCAUCCAACGCCAACGACGUCAGCCACCUGCAGAACGAGGAGCUGAUGUCCCUGCAGAUGAAGCAGCAGCAGCUGGAGCACGAGCACCACCACGAGUGCGAGGCCCUCCAGACCCAGGACACGCUCCGCCUCACCUGCCCCCCCGACUACACGCUCACCCUGCGCCGGUCGCCCGACGACAUCCCUCUCAUGACCCCCAGUACCAUCACUAUGAUCCCCAACUCCCUGGCUGGUAUGCAGCCUCUGCACAACUUCAACACCUUUGGCGGCAGUCAGAACAGUACCAACCUGCCCCAUGGGCACUCUACCACCAGGGUAUAGCUCCAGCCGAAAUGGCAAGUGUGACAGCUGCCAGCUUCUCCAUCUCUGGGGCUUGGUGGUGUCUGUCUGUAAUCGCUAAACAUGUCGGACACAACCUAGGAGUUUAAGAGAAGGGUGUUUCGCACAGACUCAUCUCAGUGGAUGAGAUGUUAUUUUGCUACCAUGCCUUCUUGAAGAGUAUAUCAGAAACCCAAUAUGAACAAUUGACAUGUUAAAAGUGAAUGUUACUAUUGAAAAUACUGUAUUUGGAGCUAAGCUUGAGGAAGGAUUGUGGAGAGUUUUACCAAAAGAAUGGCACCUGAAGACAAGUGAUAACUUGCUUUCGAAUGCUUGAAGAGACUAUUCAAACGGUAGGGUUUUCAGUGAUGACAAGGGAUACUUUUUGGAAGAUUUUUGUGCCAUAAAAUACUGUACAUCAUAGGAGAACAACAUACAAUACAAUAGAGAAAGACCAACAUGCAUUGGUGAACUAAGACUAUCACUGAGUAUAAUGACAUGGGCACAGAAUUUCAAACUCCCCAGCCUGAAAUGUAUUUAUGAAAACUUUGUAAAAACAAAAUGGUAUAUAGUUGUGAGUAAAACAAAAAGAAAAAAAGAAUAGAUCUUCUAUUGUUGUUUUAAGUUGAAAUAUGGCUAUAUUUCAAGCUUGUGCUUUCUGUUAAGGUGUGUAAAUAUACAGUUUCAAUCACAUAUUAUGUUUCAAUUAAACUUGUGUUUCGUUGUUUUCACAACAUAAAAAAUCCCAUUUUUUAAGAACAUUUGUGUCUAGACCGUCAUUCUAUAAUGUCUUGUGUGUUAAUUUGUGUUCAUUUUUGAGGCAUUGCAUGUCCGAGUACAACUUUAUAAUCUCCAUUUUCGGACAUUGUCUGAAGGUGAUGGUUUAUCAUGUGGGCUCAUUUCCAUCACCUACUUCAUCCUGUUUUGCUUCUAAUCAUUUUUUGUAUUACAUUUUUUGUAGGCUAUUUUAUGUCUAGCAAUCUCAACACUGCCUGAGCUUCAAAUGUGACCAGCAAUGUAUUAUUUAGAGUAAAAGGCAGUGGAUUUUGGUAUCAAUAUUAGUUGGAUAUGUUUGUAAAGAAUAUAUGUUAGAUAUUUCAAAUUGUCAUUUGCUAGCAAUAUGUUAAGUAUUGUGCAAGGCUUGUGAUAUUUUGGGUUACAACGCAAGUGAAUGAGUGUAAAUAAUAAUAAUAAUGAUAAUGAUAUUAAUAAUUAUAAUAAGUACAGUGAAAAGUAACCAUUAACCCAGAUUAUUUCAGUUCUGCAUCCUAUUACCGAAAAACAAAACAAAGCAAAACAAAGCAAGUAUAUAUAUAAAAAAGAUUUAUAAAGCUACAUUUGUAAAUUCUAUGAUAUCCUUGCCUUUGGUUCUUCUCCUAUCAUGAUAUACCAAGGGUUUUAAUGUAGGAUUUGAAAUUCUUUAGUUUGUCUUUAAUUGUUUGCGGUUUUGCCUUAAGUGAUAGAUGAUAUUUCUGGCUGGACACCUGUAUAAAGAUUUUCUGCAGCAUUUUUAAUAAAAAAUCACAGUA